ACAUAAUUCCCAAUUCGUCAUAACCAUCUGAACAACCCAUUAAUCAUUUGUGGUGGCUUGAAAAAACUGGAUCCAUUAUAUUACAAUUUAGAUGAGAAUCUUAGCAGAGCACAUUUUUAUCCCAAUAGUUCUAUAUGAUACAAUUGGUCCCAAAAGUUUAAACAUUUAUCAAUUGACUACUUUUGCAACCCCUCUCCCGGCCCUUUUUGUAUUUAUCACAUGCCUUCCUAAGCACAUGCAGGACCAAUAAAAUUUGCGCUUACAAAUCCCUUUGGUGGACUCUCCUCAAAUGUGCGGUUGCUGUGACAACAAUUAUGCAUCGUAUACUCCCUCUGGUGCGUGUUCCUGCACGGCUAUUGCUCAAUGGAGUUCCUCAAAUAGUGCGUCUACAUUGUUUGAUUUAUUUCCUGAAAGAAAUUGUGGGUUCGACAUUGAGUCUUUAAUUUGCAGUUCCACUAAGCAUGAGCAUGACCAGGAAGCGUGUUAUAUUGUUGUAAGCGAACUCGCUAGAAUUGGCCAUGUUCGUGAGGAGUUGAGUUUGUUUUGCCGCUUGAAUAGCUUCGGACUGUAACCCACAAGAUUCACCCACCCAAUGAAGCGUUCUUGAUUCAAAUAGGAUUGGAAGAAAAUCUCUUUGUAAAUGGUGCACUUGUUGAUUAGUAUUCAUAGUGUGGGGCAUAACAGGUUGAGGCAAGAAAAGUUGAUGGCAUGAGAAAUAAAGAUCAUGUAGCAUGGACCUUGUUCAUAUCUGGAUGUUGGCAGUUUUCACAAGGUCCAGUUGUCCACUUUAAUUAUCAUAGACACCGCUAUCUAUGUCUUGGAUUUAUUAGAUCUAAUAAAUCCAUAUAAAAGCCAUAUUCUUGCAUAUAGAGGCUCCAUCAUUCAUGCACUCUGGGUGGAAUAGGGAAGAUGUGCCAGGUUCGUGUUUACAGUUUGGUUCAUCAUCAGUUAUUCUCAUGGCUUCAGGUACAUAACAAUUUAAUUUAUUUCUCAAUUUGUGUUGCUUAAUUUUGCAGUGAUCCUGCGGUUUCUAGUCUAACAUAUGGAAUCAAACCAUAGGCCCAAGAUUUUGAAGCACGAUUAUAGUUAUGUAAUGUUUGUUACAGUUUUGGACCUUUUCUUCUACGUUUAAAAUGUUUUGAUUUUCUUGUGUAAUAUUUUAAUUAUUUGAAAAAGCAUGAAUAGGUUAAUCAUCAAUAGUCGGAUUGAGCCUGUGUUUAUUGGAAAACAGCAAUAUCCGCUUGAGUACAUUCUAUUUAAUUUUUAAUGUUGAUACAUGGCACUUGUAUUUUUUGGUUAUCUUGAUGUUUUGGAUAAUCUGUUUGAUUCCUACCAUGGUGAUUUAUAUUCCAUAUCAUGUAAUCCUUUUGUUUUGUUUAAUUUUCUCUGACAACAUCAUAAUGAUAUUAUUCUAUAUCACAUUGUCUUGUUUGUUGUAUCAGAAUUUCAGGUUAGUUGGUAUUGACUUUCUAAAUGAUUUUGGUGGAAAAUUAAUUUUGGAGUAGCUGUCUAUUUGUCCUGAUCAUUUACUGUGGUUUCAUUAACUCGUCGAUUUUUGUCAGUUCAGAUCUUGUUUUCAUUCAAUUUCAAUGUUUAUUCAGUUUCUCAUUCUACUGUCUCCCAUAUUGUUUGGAUCUUCUUCUCUUUUGGGUCUUCGGGUUAACUUACCAUUUUCAUGGAAGGGAUAUUGGGGGAAUUUUUUUUGUAAAUCAGGCAUAGAAAAGCAAUUUUGAGUGUUUUGUUUCCUCAUCUCCCUCUCCUUGGAUCAUUAACUUUCGUGCUUCCUCACACGACUGGUAGGCCGAAUGUGUUUCCUUCUUUUCAUUCCAAUUGUCCAGCUUAAGUUAUUCUUGCGGAUGAUUUUCUUACUCAUGUUUUUGGUCAUGGUGCCAUUCCCCUUUCUUCUUCCCUAUCAUUAUUUGCAGUGCUUCUUGUUCCCCAAUUACCAAAUAUUCUUUUGUUCGUCAACUUACAAAUAAUCUUAACUGUUCUAUCACCUUUUAUGCCUCCUGUUAUGUAUUUCAGGACCUUACGACAACAAUGCUGAUUGGUGGAGGGUAUGAGAAGGAGGGCUUGUACUACCUUGAUGUUGCUACUUAAUCUAUGACUGCAUCCAUUACUUCUGAUGUUGAUGUUACAUAAAAACUUGCAAGUGGCACACGAUAUAGCAAAGGGACAAAGAGGGCCGACUGUUAAGCCAAUCAAGAUGCAGAUCCUUCAGCCUCUACCAUUAUUCUGUGACAUAUAUAAUCAAGGAUCAUCCACUAGUCUUGAUCAAGAAAUUAAGAACUUCUCAUUAAUAAUGGAAAUGUCAUCUUUCCGGUGGUUAUCUGACCUGGGAAUGGAAGAUCCAGCCUUCAUCCAUCAAUGUCAGAUGAACUCCUUUGAUGAGUUAACAUCUCAACACAUGGUAGCUGCAUUUGGAGAUGACUUCCACAGCUCUUUCUCUUCUGAGAGUUACUCAUCAUACCCAACCUUGAACCAUAAUAGCAGUGGAACCACCUUCAGUGGCUCAUCUAUGGAGGCUUCUCAGACCUGUGUGGAGAGAGAGGAGAGACCCAUGAAGCAACUCAAGACUAACAACAGCUGGAACUCUUGCACCACCACCACUACCCCGGAAGCUUCUUCCUCUCCUCCAAACAUUCUUUCUUUUGGUGGUGAUCAAGCUCAGCAACUAUAUGGGAAUAUAAUGGGUACUGUGAAACCCAAAGAUGAAGCCAGGAUCUUCUCUUCUUCAGAUGUCUUGAUUUCUCAAGGAUCAUACAGGAAUAACCAGAACAAUGGACCCAAAGCAAGCCAAGGGAAUAAGAGGGGUCCACCUUCCACCAAGCCUAAUUCUCAUUCACAAGACCACAUUAUAGCAGAAAGGAAGAGAAGAGAGAAGCUUAGCCAGCGAUUCAUUGCUCUCUCAGCCAUUGUUCCAGGCCUCAAGAAGAUGGACAAGGCUUCUGUUCUUGGAGAUGCUAUAAAGUAUUUGAAACAACUGCAAGAGAGAGUGAAGACACUGGAGGAACAGGCUAUGAAGAAAAAAACCAUGGAAUCAGUAGUAGUGGUCAAGAAAUCACAGAUAUCAUCCGACGACGAAAGCUCUUCCUCAGGAGAGAACUUCACAAACAACCCACUCCCUGAAAUCGAAGCAAGGGUCUCAGACAAGAAUGUCUUAAUAAGGAUCCAUUGUGAGAAAAGGAAAGGAAUUGUAGUGAAAACCCUAGCAGAGAUGGAAAAGCUCCACCUUUGUGUCAUCAAUAGCAGUGCCAUUCCUUUUGGUGAAUCCAUUCUCGACAUAACUGUUGUUGCUAAGAUGGAGGAGGAUUUCUCCAUGAAAGUGAAGGAUCUAGUGAGGCAUCUAUGCUCAGCAUUUCGACAGUUCAUGUUAGAGUGAUGAGAAGAAAAGAGCCAAGUCAGUUCAGUUCAGUUCAGUUCAGUUCAGUUCAGUUCCUAUAGAUUGAAAUAAAGAAAGACCAUAGAAGAGUAUCCAUAUUUGUAUCAUCUAAUAGGGAAAUAAAGAAAGCCAUUUUUAUAGAGUUAAAAACCAUAGAAGAGUAUCCAUAUUUGUAUCAUCUAAUAGGGAAUUAUCAUCUUCUU